AUGAAUUUGAGCAGCAGCAGCAUCAAGUUAGACAACGCUACUUUGUCCCUCUUCAAGAAUGUCAACACCAGCAUUGCCAUCUCGGCCAUCUACAUGGUGGUCACUGUGGUCAACCUGUUUGGAAAUGGCUUGUCCGUGUGGCUCCUGGUCUUCCGGACAUUUCCCAAAACCCCUUCUAUAAUCUUCAUGAUCAACCUGACCCUCACAGACCUGGCUUUGGGUGCAGCUCUUCCCUUUCAGGUCGCCUACCAGCUGCAGGGGUAUGACUGGAACCUGGGGCCCAACAUGUGCAGAUUCCUGACAAUGAUGUUCUUCACCAACAUGUACUGCUCCAUCCUCACAAUGAUGGCCAUUAGUAUUGACCGCUACCUGGGCAUUGUGAGGCCUCUUUUCUUCAGAGAGACCAGGCAGAGGAAGUCUAUGGCUGUCGUCAGUUGCCUCUUGAUGUGGGGUGUAGUGCUGAGUGUCCUGUACCCCUUCAUGACCACAGACUUAACCUUUCAUAUCCCAGAACUCGGGAUAACCACAUGUUUCGAUGUACUGAAGAAAAGCGCAGUGAAACACAGCACCAUGAUGUUGAACCCUGUCCUUUCAAAGCUCGUGGGGAAAUUGAUUGUUCUGGCCAGUGCUUCUCCCAGAAGACAAGACAUUCUUCGAAACGCAGGCUUGAGAUUUGAGGUGGUCCCAUCCUGGUUCAAAGAAACUCUUGACAAGUCGCUCUUUAAGGCACCACAUGAGUAUGCAGUUGAGACGGCAAAGCAGAAGGCGUUGGAGGUGGCCAGGAGGAUGCCUUCUAAACACCUAAAAACUCCAGACAUCGUGAUUGGGGCCGAUACAAUCGUGACAGUUGAUGGCCUGAUACUUGAAAAGCCAGCAGACAAGGACGAUGCUUACAGAAUGCUGUCACGUCUAAGUGGUAAAGAACACAGUGUUUUUACUGGGGUCGCCAUUAUUCUUUGCCAUGAAAAAGAUGAUGAGGUGCACUACCAGUUAAUUGACUUCUAUGAAGAAACAAAGGUUAAAUUUGCUGAUCUGUCAGAAGAUUUGCUCUGGGAGUACAUUAACAGUGGUGAACCCAUGGACAAGGCUGGUGGCUAUGGUAUCCAGGCUCUUGGUGGGAUGCUGGUCGAGUGCGUCCAUGGAGACUUCCUCAAUGUUGUGGGGUUCCCUCUCAACCACUUUUGCAAACAGUUGAGCGUAAUUUACAGCAGCCUUCCUUCCUCCGACCAAAAGAGUUCCUCUGUAAAACCAGACUGUAACGACCAAGACCCCAGCACAGUAAUAACUCAAGACUUAUCUAUCAAACCAUCUGUUAGUCCCUUAGCAAGCCCAGCUCAGAAGGUGAAAAGAAAAGGUACUCUGUUAGAGAUGGGUGAAAGUUCCCAGCCACUGACCAACAGUCUGUCCAAACAUGGCGACUGCCAGGGGUCAGAGCACAUGUCAUUACAAAACAUCACCAGCAGAGGGAGGAGUGUAUCUGUUGGUGAAAACACUGUGCCUAAGAAUGGAGAUUUGCAAAAGAUAAUUACACUAAUGGAUGGAUUCAGGGCUUCAAAGGCGUUAUUUACUGCUUCAAAGAUGGGAGUGUUUGACCUCCUGCAAAGAAGUCCUGGUAUGAAGUCUGCACAGGUGGCAGCUGAAAUCAAAGCAUCAGUCAAAGGAACACAGAGUCUGUUGGAGGCCUGCGCAUCUCUGGGGCUGUUAACCUGCAGUGAGAAAGCUAAAGAAAUGCCAGUGUACAAGAACAGCCCUCUGGCAGCACAGUUUCUGGGCACAGAGUCUCCCUUCUCGCUGCACAGCUACAUUCUGCACACAGAUUGUAUGGUGUGGCCUCUUUUCUCUCAUCUUGAAAAUGCUGUACGUGAGGGAACAAAUCAGCAUGAACAGGCAUUUGGCAAGAAGGCACAAGAUCUGUUUCAGGAUACAUAUUACGACAGCCAAGCAUUAAAACUGAGAUUUAUGAAUGCCAUGCACAGCAUUGCUAAAGUUACAGGGAGAGCUGUAGCAACAGCGUUUGAUCUCUCCACAUAUAAAACGGCCUGUGACCUUGGAGGUUGUACUGGAGCCAUUGCACAUGAAUUAUCAAAAGCAAACCCCCAGAUGUCUGUCAUAGUAUUUGACUUACCUACAGUUAUUGAAAUGAGAGAAUCAUUUAAAGUCCAGCACAAUGACACAGCCGACAGGGUGACUUUCAUGGCAGGGGACUUUUUUAAAGAUGACAUUCCAAAAGCAGACUUGUUUGUGCUGACCAGAAUACUUCAUGACUGGUCUGAUGACAAAGUGGAUAUAUUGCUGAGGAGAAUUUCAGAAAGGUGUUCACCAGGGUGCGGGCUGCUCAUAGCAGAGACCAUGUUGGAUGGGCCGACUCCUCAUUCAAGACUCCAGUCUCUCAACAUGCUGGUCCAGACAGAGGGGACAGAGAGGACACAGGGACAGUAUAAAAAACUCCUGAACAAACAUGGAUUUGGACACACACAAGUGGUUCACACCAUGAACUUCCUAGAUGCUCUAUUAGCUGUUAAAAGCCCCGUCUUACCUCGCUCUCUCCACAGGCUCCUGACGCCUCCCAAAGGAGCCGCUGUGGAGAUGGAGGAGGAGGAGGAGGAAUUCCGCUGCUUUCAAAACUGCAGACAGCGAAGCAUAUACAGAGGCUGUGGUUGA